GCCCAGUCAUGGUCACGCUGCCUCUCUGAAAAGCCGCAAGAAAAUAAAAAUAAAUAUAUCUUUCUAGCUAUUAUUAUUGUUGUUAUUAUUAACAAAAAUGUCGGAAACAGUUGAUAGCACAGAGGUAAAGUCGCCGUCGUACGACUUAUCCAAGUUCCAACUGAAGCGAAUCCUAACCAACAACAGCGUUAGGAAAAGUAUAUCCCUGCUUGGCACUUUUCCGGAUUUAGGAACCGAUGAUGCCAUUGUUGUUUUCGAGAAAAAUGCGUACCGGGAAAGCGAUGUGGCCACGGCGUCAUCAGAAGAGUCUCCCAAGAAGCCUAGCUAUUUUACCGCGGACCUGAAAGUUGACACUGAGUUUAUCAACAAUAUCUACGGCAGUUUUCAGGUUGUGCCGACCCAGGAUUUGUGCAGUGUGAAAAGCACAGUCAUUUAUCCCGCCACCGAGAAGCACAUCGAGAAAUACUCAGUAUCUCAAAAGUAUCUCAUCCGGGAGACUCCUGAUCUCUACCAAAGAAUAACUCUUCCAUAUCUCACCUCAAGUCAAUUCUCCCUCGAGUGGGUCUACAACAUACUCGAGCAUAAGCAGGAGACGGAACGUAUCGUGUACGAGGACAGGGAUCCAAAGACUGGCUUUAUCCUUCUGCCCGAUCUCAAAUGGGACGGACGCAAUGUGGAAACCCUCUAUCUGCUGGGAAUUGUCCACAAGCGCGACAUCAAGUCUCUGCGCGACUUGAAUGAAAGUCAUCUCGAUCUUUUGCGCAACGUGCGCCAAGCGUCGAAGGACGCAAUUGCCAAGCUAUACGGCAUUAAUCCCAAUCAGCUGCGCAUGUACUUUCAUUACCAGCCGUCCUUCUAUCACCUCCACGUGCACAUCAAUCCAGUACGGAACGAUGCACCGGGCAUAUGGUGCGAGAAGUCCCACAUGCUGGACACGGUGAUCAACAACUUGGAGCUGAUGCCGGACUACUAUCAGCGAGCCACCUUGCCGUUUGUCCUGUACGAAGGCAAUAAGCUGUUGGAUCUCUAUGAGCAGGAGCUACCCAUUAGAGCGCUGACAGUAUCGAGCGACGAUAAGGAGCUCCCUGACUCAGACUCUUUGAACGUCGCUCCACCGGAAGGCUUUAGCGAUGAGGAGCCGGAGGAGAGGCAGUGCAAGCGCAUAAAGUUGGGCUCGCCGGAGCCCAAGGAGGCCGAGUCCGCUGUUCAGGCGUGUGCCUAAACUGGUAUUACUUAAUGAGAAAGCUAACCCUAGAUGUUGCCUAUCAAAAAUACAUCCUACUUAUGAUCAUUCAAUUCAAAAUAAAGUUAUUUUCAAAAAUUUCGUUUGAGAGC